AAGGAAAUACUCGUAGAAGGCAAACGGAAGCCGAGUAGGGGGUUUGUUUUGUUUUGUUUUGUUUUAAAGAACGGGAACGAAAUUAUUGUAUUUUUUUUAAAAAAUACACAAAGACAUUCAAGUUUUUAUGUGAACUCGCGGUCUCCGCAGUGCAGCCACUUUGUGUGGCAUACUACGGAAGCUGAGAGGUGCCGUUUAGUGAAGUGACGGGAAGCGAAAGAGCCACCGUUCGUUUUUUUAUUUAUUUUUUAUUUAUUUUGAGCGAUUACACAAUUUAAAUGAAGAAAAUGGACACUUCACAGAGCUUCGCCGUGUACUAUGCGGGCGGGAGGAACGUCAUCUUGCGGGCUUUGACGUUACUGUCUCCGGUUUUCGUGUGUAAACACUGACAUUAGCAUUAGCUUGUGCCAUUGGCUUUCCUCCAUUUUCAGAAUAUUCAAGUAUUCCUGAAACAGAGCGAUGGAAACUGGUUACAGUGAGAGCGGUGUCUACUACCAGGCGGUACCUGCUUUUGGAGCUGAUGGAAAGAACGUCUUGAAAUUAAUUCCUGUAAAGAUGGUCAAUGGACAGUUUUUUCAAGAGCAAAUAAGCAAACCUAGGAUGGAAUCUACAACACAGAGGUUUAUGAGAGUUUCCUCCACACCUCACCAGAUACAGACGGCAGUAACUCCCUCUGCCACAGAGCAAGCUGUCACCAAGAAGUUGACCAUUAUGAAGGGUUUUCCUAGUCAAGUAGGAUUAGUUCCUAGUAAUUUAGUGAGCAAUCCUCCACCACAGCAACAGACUGUCUAUGGAACAGCACCAUUUGCAACAAACAGUCCAGGUAGACCACGUCAGCUGCCAGUGACAGUGAAAUCUCCCGUCCUCCCCAGAGGACAGCUCAUUCAGAUUCCCCCAAAUGCACAAGUACGAACAGUACCAGCGUCAGAACUUCCUGUGGGUGUCAAAAAACAGAUUUUUAAAUCAUCAGUCAAAGGUUCAGAUGAACCCACUGUGAUCUAUGUGUCACCGGUCACCACCGUGAUCCAAGCUGCUGCUCCAGCUCAUGAUUCAGCACUUCAUACACUCAAGCCACCUCUGAAAUUGAUUCCCAAAGCCUCAAACAGGCCCAACGGCCCAACAAGGUGGGUGAUUGAAGAAGGGGGCUGCACAAAGGCUCAGAGUCACAAUCCUCCCAGUGCUCCUCUUAUUCCACACAUUCUAAACGCUGUGAAAAAGACAGAAAAGGCUGGCCAGCAGCACUUUGAGGUCAAGAACGGAGCAGCUUCUGACUCGAGUCUGGGCAAAAGUAGCUGUGACGCGUUGGUCAUGUGCAACGGGAAGGUGUUUUUUGUGGCAGAAAAACGCAGCCUGCCGGACGACAUGGGGGAAAGCAAGUUAAACAAAACCGGCCAACAAACUGUGAAGCGAGCUACAUCUCAAACCUGCCAGAACAUGAGCGUCAUCACUCCACAUGAAGUGAUUGAUCUGUGUGACGAUGAUGGUCAGGAGGACUCAAUACCAAUCUCCCAUCAGGAGGACGACAACGUAAUAUUUGUGUCGUAUAUUCCACCCAAGUCUGAGGCGAGGUCAGUGCAAGCUUCACGUCGAUCGGACAAGAUAAACACGAGCCACUCGGACAGCGUUAAGGGUCUGGAGCGUAGUAGUGGUGGCACAGGAGAAGUGAGCACUGAAGUGAGCAACGUGACCGACAACAAGGAGUCAAACGUGAUGACUCAGCACAGCACCUCCACCUUACAGCUGGGGGAAAUGAGAGACGAGGUAGAAGCAGGAACUCCAGCAGGUCCCAGCAACUGUGCAACGCACACAGAGGACGAGAGCUCUUUAAGCCCUGAAGAGCGUGAGAUGGCCGACCAUCAGCUGAGGAAGAUGUUUGAGAUUAGAUCCGAUGUGAAGAUUCACCUCCAGAGGAUCGACGAAGCUCCAGCUGAACUGGUCCUCACAGAGUCCGUAAGCUCAGAGUCGGAUCACCAGAACCAGAAGAGCGACACCUGCAGAUCAGGGAAAGGAGUAACUCAAGAGGAUCAGUCAGCAGAUAUCACUCCUCUACAACAUUCCCCUUUGAAACUGAAUUCACACUCUCUCCCUGCUGUGGAGAAUUGCCCUUCAGGUCCAAGUGCAGUCACAGAAACUUUGUGUGGUGUUGGAAAUGCACCUGUGAUCAACUAUGUGGAACCUAUCGAUGAGGAUUUCCUCAGUUCAAACGAGGACACAGCAGACCAGGGUCGGGCACAGAAUACAAAUACAAGGAGAAUAGUAAGGACACGAAAACGCACCACGUGUCCAUGCUGCAUCCCUGGUUCUCUGGAGCCAGCAAUGAAAUACACUAAGGUAGACGAUCUGGGGAAGUGGACAUGCGGGACGCAGCAGACGGGUAAAAAAGGGACACAAAAAAAGACGGCCAGAAAAGGUGGGACGACAUCUGGAAACGGCUUCAUAACAGGCCGCAGCAAGCAGGUUACAGUCCGAGACGGUUUGUCCACAGCAUCAAUGCACUCAGAACUGAAAAGUCAUAAACACAUGAAAAGAAACAUGGAUUCCGUCAACAGACUGGAAGUCUACAUCCCAGUGGAGGCGGAGGUGAAAAACAUCCCUCUGUGCAGUUUACCCUCCAAAGUGCUCAGAAAGAUGGGCCUCCCCCCAACUGACAUCCAGGGUUUCCAGAACCUCAGCAGCUCCCCAGAGGGCAUAUGGAUCUGUCCAGCAGUCGUACGGAGGAAAGGUCAGACACAGGCCUCCCCCAAGGGACAGAGUUUGAUAGCAAAGGAGUCCUCGCUGCUGGCCUCACAGGUCCAAAUGACACCGGGUCCUUUGCGGAUGUCUUUUGUUUCCUCUAACAAGGCUGCGUACAACGUGCUGAGGCAGAUCUCCGGGGCAGACCUUGAGGCCUCACUGCCUCAAGGCUCGGCACCACAGACCUACGGAUCCGCUGUGGUCAUCUACCGUGGACACAUUUACCUGUCCAUGAGGAAGCACGAUCUAAGUCUCUCUGACGGCUCUUCAGCUCCUUCCACAUCAUCAUCAUCAGCAUCAUCAUCGAAAAGACAGAAAAAGCUGCAGAACGAAACAAGGAGAAAGAAGAAGAAACACUCCUCCUGUAAAGACGGCGAGAAAGACGUCGCACGCGAGGCAAGGGACGUGUCCUCAACCGUGUCCGCUCGUCCUGUCCCUCUGGCCACUCCCGGCGAGCACAGUGUGGACAGCUGCCGUCACACAGAUGCAAGGGGACAGCAGGAGACACAGGAGACAGCAUCAGCAGCAGCAGCAGCAGCAGCUGGGCGGCUGCUUGUGCCGCUGAAGAAUCCAGUCAGGUUUGAGCCUGUAGGGGGCAGCAGUGACAGACAUGAAUGUGAGAUGCAGGAACUGGAUGGUGGAGACGCUGAGAGCAGCAGCAGCAGCCAGAGCGGCACGAGGACAGAGCCGCUGUCUGUAGCUCGUGGCUCUGCGUCACUGGCAAAGGAGUACGAUGAUUUGGCACAAGAGGAGAAGAUCGCUAAGAUGAAAGCCAGACUCCGACAGAACGAAGCCGCUUUCAAAAACCUGCAUUCUGCACGCUAACUGCUCCGAGCAGCUGCAAUUCAGCUUGUGGAUUUGGGUCAGUGGGGUCAUGAGGUACUUGGUGGACUGAGGACUCACUGCCCUGCAUGUUUUAGACGUUCCCUUGCUCCAACACACCUUAAAUCACUGUAUUUGUGAGUGAACUCUGGUGCAGGGAGUGAGCAGUGAACAAAGUGACAAACUUCAGUUUCCACAAGACAAAAUCCAUCUCAUAUAGAAUUAGUUUAAGUCUUUUAUGAUGGUGGGAAAAAGAUAUAUGAUGUAAGUAAGCCUUCAUAAUGUUGUAAUUAACGUUUAUUUCAUUCAGACCAGAUAAGAUUCACAAACUGCAGUGCGUUGUUUUAAGUUCUGAUUCUGCCUCUCCUUCUCUCGUGCAACACAAGUGCCUUAUACAGCCCCACUUUAAAAAUCAUGAACUGUCCCCCAGGGAUUUUAGAGGGGGGUGAAAUAUAAUUUCUAUGUUAAUGCUGUGACGUGAACCCUCUAACAGAGAACGUACACGAGUGUGUGUGUGGAGUGAAGCUGUGUCCUCCUGUGAGUGAUUUAUAACACUGAUGUAACAGUCUUUAUCUCUGCAGACGACUUACUGUGGUCAACAGACUCGAGUUACUCAAGCAUUCAUAAUAAUUUGGGUUAAAUGUAUAAUGUAUGCUCUUAGUUAAUUAACACUGUUUGCACUGUAGUCUUUCUGUGACGGUGGUGGCAUUUUUUUAUGUAUUAUUCUAUCUGGUUCAUUUCUGCAUUAAAGACCGAAGGGAAACGUUAAAUGCUA